AUGUCUCAGAAGCGCCUUAAAGGAAAAGUCGCACUUGUGACCGGUGCCUCCUCUGGCAUGGGCCGAGCGACGGCGCUCUCCUUGGCAGGAGAGGGGGCAAUUUUGGUCUGUUGCGAUCUCAAAGCUGAAGCCAAUCCCAAUGGCUACGAAAAGGAUCUUGCAGAAACCACCGUGGAUGUAAUCAUACAGAAUGGGGGCAACGCGAUAUUUCAGAAAGUUGACAUCUCCAAUUUCGAACAAGUGGAAGCCGCAUUUGAAAAAACAGCAAAGAUGUUCAAACGUCUCGAUAUCCUUGUGAAUUGCGCUGGAUUCUGGGCGCCGUUCAGGAAGUUUGCCGAUGAAGAUGAUGAGCUUUGGGCGAAGAUGCUGCAGAUUAACACUGCGGGUACAUCUAAGAUGUCGCGACUUUCCAUUCGGCAGUUUCUCAAGCAGGAGGUGGAUGACUCUUGGGGAAGCCGUGGCCGAAUUGUGAAUGUUUCCUCCUGUGCAGCAAAUAUAGCAUAUGCAGGGGAAGUGGCCUAUUCCGCUACGAAAGCCUCCAUCAACCAUAUGACAAGAGCGGGUGCAAUUGAUCAUGCCAGGGAUUCCAUCAACAUCAACUGCAUUGCUCCCGGGGUCGUUGCCACCGGGAUGGCUCGAGUCAAUCUGGAAAACAAGGAGAUUUUUCAGACUAUGAAAGGUGCUACGCCGUGGCCAAGACUGGGGUUUCCUGAUGAUAUUGCUCAAGCUAUUCUGUUUUUCUGUUUGCCGGAGUCACAAUGGAUCACAGGACAGGUUCUUGCAGUUGACGGCGGAAUGACACUCGGUGUCCCUGCGGAAUAA